UGUUUUAAUUUUAAUUUCAUUUAUUCCAAACAACAAUGUAAAUAGAAAUACAUUUUUAAAUAUUGAAUCAAAUUAGAAGCGUUCAAAAUUCCCGCGUCUAACAAUAAACAAAUGAGCGCAGCUCGGUCGGUAAAACAGUGCAACACAAACAAAAGAUGGCAGCAAGUUAGGCGCGACUACAGCGCCGCGGCGGCUCGUCUGGAGAGGCAGUCAGUCAACAUGGCCGCCGGCGCUGCGCGGCCGGUCGGACCGCGCCGAGCGUAGUGAUGUCCGCGUCCGCGCCCCACGCCCACGGGCGCACCCCCGUGCGGCGCAGGGGGCACCAGCACCACCCGCGCCUGCGGGGCGACCGCGCGCCCGCCCCCAGCGCGCCCGCCACCGAUCCGUCCAAACAAGUGACCUUACUCAGCCAAACAGACGAUGUUGUGCCUUGUGUCAAUAGUGUUAGUGAAUCUCAACAAGUGACAAGGACGAAUAGUGACGAUGCACUUUCGAAUCGAAAUAUAAUCGAGGACUAUGCGAAUAAUGAUGAAGAAAUUGAAUUUGAUACUAGAAUUAAGGACCCCGAAUCGCUCGAAACCUCAGACGAAGAAUUUUCGUUCCGCGAAGAGCGGUCGGCGGGAGACGGGGCUGAAUUUAUCACGACUGUCCCCUCAGAUAUAUCAGAUGAUGACCCUGAGACGGCAGAACUCGCAAAGCUCAGGUGUACCAGCGAGUGCACGGAGGUGCUGGCAGAAAGAGAGAACAGGCGGAGGCGAAGAUGUGCCGACUAUCCCGGUUUGGCGUUCGGAAGUUCCAUAUUCUCUUCGGAUACUAUGAUGAAAUUCUCUAUCAUCAAAAAUGAGUUGCAGAACAUCAAGAACACUGCACUGAAAAGGGCCGAAUCCGAAGUAGCUGCCCUCAACCGACGCAUCCAACUGUUGGAGGAGGACCUCGAGAGGUCCGAGGAGCGUCUCGCCACCGCCACCGCCAAGCUGUCAGAGGCCAGCCAGGCUGCCGAUGAGUCGGAACGCGCCCGUAAGGUCCUCGAGAACAGGUCGUUGGCCGAUGAAGAGCGUAUGGACGCCCUCGAGAACCAGCUCAAGGAAGCCAGGUUCCUCGCCGAGGAAGCCGACAAGAAAUACGAUGAGGUUGCUCGUAAGCUGGCCAUGGUUGAGGCUGACUUGGAGCGCGCGGAGGAGCGUGCUGAGUCCGGCGAAUCCAAAAUCGUCGAGCUUGAGGAGGAACUCCGUGUCGUUGGUAACAACCUGAAGUCCCUGGAAGUCUCCGAGGAGAAGGCUACGCAAAGGGAAGAGACAUACGAGGGUCAAGUAAAAGUGCUGGACGCUCAACUGAAAGAGGCUGAGGCGCGCGCUGAGUUCGCCGAGCGCUCCGUGCAGAAACUACAGAAGGAGGUCGACAGGCUUGAAGACGAUCUGGUGGCCGAGCGCGAAAAGAGCAAACUCCUGCAGGAGGAAAUGGAGGCCACGCUGCACGACAUUCAGAACAUGUGAACACCUCCCGCCGCGCCCGCGCCGGCCGCUCGCGAUACCACUCACUCACGCGCAAUACAAUACUGUUGCCACCGCGAAAAUAAUAAUCAAUCGGUAACCAACUUAGGCUGUGUGCAGUGACCUAACUUAAGAAGUUUUUAUUUAAUUGACAUAUUAGUGAACUUCUUUCAUUCCGUAACCACGCCAAGUGAUCGGCGCGGGCGCCUAGACGUUAUUAGUUUUAGAAUAAUUGCCAGCCGCUUUUUAAUGUAACUUCAAAAUCGAGUGUUCGCUACGAAAGCACUGCCAUGUGCAAUUUUUUUAUUAUUUUCAUCCACAAAUUACUAAUAUUUAUGUCCGUAUAGUUGAAACGUAAUUUGUUUUAUAGUCAUUACUUUACGAGCGUGCCUGUUAUGUCAAUGAUCGAUAUUUAUAUGACGUAUGCAGUAAUCGCUUUCUAGUACUCUUAGCGUAAGGUAUAAAUGAUAAUAUCGACAUUCCAAAAGGGGUCCAAAAAUGUAACGCAUUUUACAAUCAACUUAAAAAGACAUUUAGCAUUAUUUAUAAAGAUGCACAUAGUUUUUGUACAAUAUUUAAACUGUCUAUGUAUUUGUAGAACAAAUUAGUCGCUGUAUUCAGUUUUCGAUAAUUUUGAUAUUUCACUCGAGGGGAUAGUGCAUACAAAUACGUCGUAUGCUAUAUUUUUCAUAUGCACUGUUUGCAAUUUAUUAUGAACUUAAUUUACUUAAUGUUAGUGAAGAGAUUAGAUAUUUUUAUUCAAGAGUGACGGUAAUACAAUAAAUAAUGAUAUUUAUAGGAAUAUUCUUGCUAAAUUGGAAAUAAUUGAUAUUCUAUUGUUUGAAAGAUGAUUUUCUCGUGUCAUAAUUGAGUUUGUUGUUAUUUAUUUAAAUUAAUCGAUGAAUAAAUGGCGACUAUUCCGAGUAGUAAUACGAGGCAUGUACUGCGUCCGAGCGCAGCCGAACAUGCCCGAGCGCCGCCGAGCGCUGGCAAUACGGUACACUACCGCAGACCGAACGAUACACUAACCUAGGGAGUCCGUCUUUUUUAAUGUUAUCGAUGAAUUAAUUGAUAGAUAAGUUCGUGAAAAAUAAUUUAAUGAUUUUUAAGAGUAUUCUAAUAAAAGUGUUUAUGAAUAUAUAUUAUUAUUUUUAA